AUGAUGGCAUUCAAACCGUCUCACCCUAAUGGCAGCGACGAUCCACUGUCAAAGGCAUUCAAGCAUACUGGUUAUGGAAAAGGAACGCCCUUGCUUCACUCGACUUUUGUGCUGCACUAUCAACACGAUAGUGAAAAGGAGCCACUGCAUGUGUUUGACAAGGAUGAAAUGUGUUUAGACUUCUUGGAUAGUAUUCUGGAACAGUGCGCACCGUCUUGGGAGGGAUUGGUAACUUUCAGCAACGCAAAGCAAGACAGGCAAUCCCACUUAUCAAGGCCAGGAGAAGGGCCAACUUUGAAGGGCACCCGCUCAAAGAAUCAACAAAACAGGGUCAAGCCAAGAUGCGAGAAAAAACAAGGCGCAAUGAUGCUGGACUAUAUCUAUGUGAUGAAAAGUGUCCCGACACAGGGCGUUACUGUCAAAAGUCAGACAAGGCAGAAGAUGAUGCAGGUGAUCGAUCCUGUGGACAAUGGGCUCAAAUUUUUCUCAGCCAAGGCUCACUUACAAUCAAAUGGAGGUCUUCUGAGCAAGGUGCAGAUUGCUUUGUGGCAAAGCCAAGAAGUGAGCAAACAAGAGAAGAGGAAGAAGCCAAGUGGUGAAGCUAGGAAAAAGUCGCUUGAAACUCAUCUGGAGAAAUUCAUGAAGUUUUCCCAAUUAAAUCUUACGAAUUACUAG